UGGAACAACAUUGCCAAUAACUUCAAAGAAAAAACUGGGGUCAACUAUGCCAUUGUACAGUUGAAGAACAAAGUGAACAAACUGAGGCAGGAUUAUAGUCAGUUUAAGAAGCUAUUGGAGACAACUGGUUUUGGUUGGGAUACUGCUUCAAGAACUUGUACUGUUGAUGAUGAAUCCAUCUGGGAAUCGCAUAUUAAGGAUAACCCUACUUGGGCACGAUUUAAGAAGCACGGACUACCACAAUGGCCAGAACUAUGUAUGGUAUUUGGUGAUACAUAUGCAGACGGCGAAGGAAGUGGGACUCAAACAACCAUGUUGGAAACUUUGGGGGCCAAUGAUGCUAGGAAUAUGAUUGAGUCUUGUGAUGAGUCAAGUUCCGCUGAUGAAGUUACUCCAUUAGGUGACACUCAAACUGAAGCAGUGGAAAAAAUGCCAGUUACUAAGCAUAGGCAUGAUAGGACUCCAAAUGCGAAAAGGAGGAGGAGCAAGUCUAAUGAUUGGUCAAUGGCAUUCAAGGCAAUUCAAGAUAUUAGUAAAUCAAGGGUAGAACGAGAUGCGAGCAUGUCCACUGCUUCAACCCAAAAUACGGAACAGAUGUAUGGAAUUACUAGGGCCAUGGAGGUGCUUGAGUCAGGAUAUGAGUUAGAUGAAGCACUAUACGAGAAAGCACUUCGGAAGUUAAUGGCUGACCCGCAAUGGAGAGAAGCAUUAAUUUCCUGCCCUCCUCAUCGGAAGUCAAUACUCCUUCGUACCCUUCAGUAG